UGACCGGGCUGCUUCUCCUGCAGUGCGGAUGUUCGCCGUGGGCUGCAGCAUGGGGCCCCUGAUGCACUACUGGUACCUCUGGCUGGACCGGGCCUUCCCCGCUGCCGGGCUUCGCGGGAUCCGAUCUGUGCUGAAGAAGGUCUUCAUUGACCAGAUAGUGGCCUCUCCCGUCCUGGGAGUCUGGUAUUUCAUAGGGAUGGGUUCCCUGGAAGGACAAACUCUGGCUCACAGCUGGCAGGACCUGGAGGACAACUUCUGGGAGUUCUACAAGAUGGACUGGUGUAUCUGGCCCCCAGCGCAGCUGAUCAACUUCUUGUACCUUCCUCCGAAGUACCGGGUGAUCUACAUGAACGUCAUCACGCUUGGCUGGGAUACCUACCUCUCCUACCUCAAACACCGCCCUAAACAGCCGCCGCUCAUCCUGGAGGAGGAUUCCGCACCCUGUGCCAUGGAGAUCCAAACCACCAGCUGAAGCAUGUCACAAGCCCCGCAGCCGCAUUCAGGAAGGGAUUUGGGCUGCGCUACACUCCAAAACUGAAUCAAAGCAGGGCCGAAACUGGAGUCAAGCCAGCAGGGACAGCCAACUGGGAAAGGAGGGGGGAAGGCCAAUACGCCCUCCAGUCUCCCAGGCAGCAGGAACUGUCCAGCUGUGGUCUGGAAGGAGGGGGUCUCUCUCCAGGCCCAGAUGGGGUGUGGAUUGAAUCAAGUUGGGGUCCACUUAAUUCUGCCUUUUGUGACUUAAUUUAUUUGUGGAUAGAUGUGGGUGGAUGUGGGAGGUCGGUCAGAUGUGCCAAAUCUUUGCUUUUCCGAAUUAAAGACAAACGUGAUUUGCUUUU